GACUUUCAGUCCUCGAUUCUCCGCCGACCAUCGAACAUGUCGCGCUCAUUGCUGGCCAGCCUGUGUGCCCUGCUCUGCCUGGUGGCCGUGGCCAGGUGUUUGCCCGUGCAGGAGGAUGUGGAGACCAGCCAGGGCCCACGCAUUGUGGGUGGCUACGUGACGGAUGUGUCCCAGUGCCCCUACCAGAUCUCGCUGCGCUUUAAGGGGAUUACGACGCCACAGAAUCCCUUCCGCCACAGGUGCGGCGGCUCCGUCAUCCGCAGUAACUUGAUUCUGACUGCGGCACACUGCAUCAUUGGCACGGUGGCCAGCCAGUUCAAGGUGGUGGCCGGCACCAACCAGCUCAGCGGCACAGACGGCAUCAUCGUCUCCGUCUCGAAGAUCAUCAUGCACGAGCAGUAUUACUCUGGAGCUGCGUACAACAACGACAUUGCCCUGCUGGUUGUGGACCCGCCGCUGCCGCUCAACAACUUCACCAUCAAGGCCAUUGAGCUGGCCUCGGAGCCCCCGCUAGCCGGCGCCAUCAGCAAGAUCAGCGGCUGGGGAACCACUUCCUCCGGCGGCUCUGCCUCAAACGUUCUGCUCGCCGUCGAUGUCCCGAUCGUGAGCAACGAGUUAUGCAACCAGGACUAUGAAAACUUUGGCGAUGAAUCCUACCAGAUCACACCCGCCAUGCUGUGCGCUGGCGUACGCGGAGUGGGUGGCAAGGACGCCUGCCAGGGUGACUCUGGCGGUCCGCUGGUCGUCCGCGACCAGCUCCAUGGCGUUGUCUCCUGGGGCAAUGCCUGUGCCCUGGCCAAUUAUCCCGGUGUCUAUGCCAAUGUGUCGAACCUGAGGCCCUGGAUUGAUGCGAAGAUAGCGGAAGAAGCAGAGCUCUGAAGCAUCACUAAUAUCAUCUAAUCUGCAAGCAACGCUUAAUCUCAUGUCACAUGAGGGUUUAUUAAUAAAUGGUUAUUUUCCAGUUCCAAA